AGAAACUCUAAUAAGCCGUAGGGGUCCACAACCUUCUUCCUCCACGCUUAUCCUUUCUUUCCCUUUCUCUGCGUAUACACUGUAUUUUAUAUUCAUAAAAUGGUAAAAACAUAUGCAUAAACGCAUAUCCAGCUGUCUAUGUCUAAGUAUGUAAACAACUGUUCUUUGGAAUGAAUAGUAUUUAUUUUUUAGUAUUAAUUAUUUAUUUAGUAGUUGACAAUAAAAUAGAAGUGAGAUAAUAGGGUCCUCUAAAGAUUAUGCCCCAAAGCAGAAGCCAAAGUCUACUUUGAUUGCACAGAGAACCCCAAAUCACAAAAGGGAAAAAAAAACAGGCUUAUACACAGGAAAACACACACACAUACACACACAGAGAGUAGAAUUUUAACCUGAAGAUGUAUACAUAGAGAAAGAGAGAGAGAACAGAUUGUUCUUCUCACAUGAAUCCAAAUCAGUAGAUAUCAGUUUGGUGAGGAAGAGCAUAAGGUUGAGAAUUCAGAUCAAAGUUAGGCUGUGGUACUGGUGCUUCUUUUCAGGGCUGAACCUGGACGACAUGUUGGAAGACAGGUCUUGUUUGGUACCGAGGGAUUUUCCUAGAGAAAGCAACUGGGCAGCUUGCAUGAAUUACAGCCUUGAUAGGAUUGAAGUUCAGCACGGUAAAAGGCCAUUGGAAAAUAAUCACGAGAACGAAGUUGUUCAACGCAAGUUGCCAAAGCGAUCUGUUGCUCUCAAUGAAGAAGUGGUUAUAUCCUUAGGUGAUGCUUCAGUAUCACCAGCUGACGAAGCUAGUAAUCAGCGUCAUGCUGCAGAUAAUUCUGAUUCAAGUUCUCUUAUUCCUGCCAUUGGCCGUGACAACUCCAUUAGCUGUCUCAUUCAUUGCUCCAGGUCUGAUUAUGGAGCUAUUGCAUCUUUGAAUAGUAGCUUUCACUCAUUAGUGAGGAGUGGGGAGCUUUAUAGAUUGCGGCGGCAAUAUGGUGUGGUUGAGCAUUGGGUUUAUUUUUCUUGCCAGCUACUGGAAUGGGAAGCUUUUGACCCUAGUCGCCGCCGUUGGAUGCAUCUACCAUCAAUGAAUCCCAAUGAAUGCUUUGUGUUCUCUGACAAGGAGUCUUUGGCAGUUGGCACAGAGCUUCUUGUGUUUGGAAAGGAGAUCUUGUCACAUGUCAUUUAUCGUUACAGUAUACUGACAAACACUUGGUCAUCCGGAAUGCAGAUGAACGCACCGAGGUGUUUGUUUGGAUCUGCCAGUCUUGGGGAGAUUGCCAUUCUAACUGGUGGUUGUGAUUCACAGGGCAAUAUCCUUAGCUCAGCAGAACUUUACAAUUCAGAGACUGGAAGGUGGAAGACUCUACCGAGCAUGAACAAGCCGCGUAAGAUGUGUUCUGCAGUAUUCAUGGACAGAAAAUUUUACGUAAUCGGAGGCAUCGGAGGAACUGAGUCAAAGCUAUUGACCUGUGGAGAGGAGUAUGAUCUUGAAACAGGAAAAUGGACAGAAAUCCCGAGCAUGUCUCCUGUCCGAGCUGGUGAAGCUAGGGAUGAUAAUAUGCCUGCUACAUCUGAAGCACCUCCUUUGGUGGCAGUUGUAAAUAAUGAAUUGUAUGCUGCUGAUUAUGCUGACAUGGAAGUGAGGAAGUAUGACAAGAAAAAUAAAGCAUGGGUUACCAUAGGAAGAUUGCCUGAAAGAGCAGGUUCUAUGAAUGGUUGGGGUUUGGCUUUUAGAGCUUGUGGUGAUAGGCUAAUUGUAAUUGGAGGGCCUAGAGCCAUGGGUGAAGGGAUUAUCGAAGUUAAUUCGUGGGUUCCAAGUGAAGGACCGCCUCAGUGGAACUUGCUUGGGCGAAAGCGAUCUGGUAGCUUUGUGUAUAAUUGUGCUGUCAUGGGUUGCUGAGAUAUGUGCCGUCCCAUGUGUACGGUACAGUGUUUUUUGCUGAUAGAUAAAGAAUUGAAUUCUGAGGCGACAGGAUCUUGCUAAUGGGUAAUUUGUCCCGACUCUUUUAUUUUCAACCUCUUGUCUUUUUGUCUUUUUAUAGUGGUGGAACAUACGGAGGAUUACCAAACUAGACUCAAGAUUCAACAGAAUUAUGUUCUUUAGAAGGUCUUGAGUACAAUUUUCGUCCUCAAAAAAACUUUAAUUAGAAGUUCCUGUCACCUGAUUUAUUUUCUCCCAAUUUUCAAUCACAUAAAAUCCCGAAGGUCCCCACCGAAAUAGCAGAAAGGUAAAAUAAUAACUUGAAGGAGGGAGCAGUACCAUGGUAGUUUCUGGUUAGUGUUAUCUAUAUCUUCUCUGAAAGAAUCAAAGAAAUUAGUCUUUUUGGGUUUUUAGUGAUUCUUAUUUUUCUUGACAUAGUUGAGAAGAGAAAGAAGGUUCUGCAAUGUUGUUUCUGGGCAUCUUGCUUUAUGUACUAAAUACAUUUAUUCUUGUUAACGUGCUACAGAUUAAACUUACUUCUGAAGUAAUUGGUAGCUUUAGAUAUUUAGCACUA